UUUUCAGGUCCAAAUAAGUUUCAGAUCUGUUCUGAUUCACUGAAAAAAUGCUGGUUCCUGUAAUUUUAGGAGCAGUUCUAGUACUUACCUAUAUUUACUUCAAUCUUUACAGACCACUAUGCUAUUGGCAAAACCUUGGAGUGAAACAGGACAAUCCGUUGACCUUACUGAAAAAACUGCUUCUUACUUUCUAUAAUGUGAUUUUCAAACGUGAAGAUCCUCUAGAAGCUGUGAGAAAUCGCUACGACAAAUUUCCAGGUUCACGAUAUUAUGGAAUAUAUGAAAUGACCUCGCCAGGUUUGAUGGUGAAAGAUGCAGACCUUGUUACUCAGAUGCUAGUAACAGACUAUGUUCACUUCAAUGACCACAGGGUUCUCAUACACGAUGACCUUGACCCGCUCUUCACCAAGUGUAUUUUUGCCCUCAAAGGAGAAGAAUGGCAAAAGGUGAGAAAAACCGUCACCCCAUCAUACACAAGUAGUAAAAUGAAGGGUCUCUUCAGUACAAUGAACGAGUAUUCUGAGAGAUUGGCAAAACAUUUCCUCAGUAGAAAAGAAGAUGUCCUCAGGAUCGAGAUGCGUGAUACUACUACACGAUUUUGUAAUGACUCUUCCGCCAAGAUGUCCUUCGGAAUCAACGUCGAUUCCUUUGCAGAACCAAACAACGAAUUUUGGCAGAUGUGUCACAAGGCUGUUGAUACUAUUAGUAAGCCGAAGGUGCUGAGUUUUAAUGUGUAUUUGCUAGCACCGAAACUAGUGAAGUUUCUUAAAAUGAAAAUAGUGGAUUGGGAUGCGGAUUCUUUCUUCAGGCAAAUCAUAAGUGACACCAUGAAGAUCAGAGAAAAGGAAAGAGAAAAUGGAAUUCUGGGAGCUGAUCUCAUACACCUGCUACUAGAAGGAAGAAAACGAGCAAAAAUGAACAAGGAUAAAGAAACAGACGUGAAAUCAACAUAUAAAAAUUACAAUGCGGAUUGGUCUAACAUGGACAUCAUAGCACAAGCAUUCUUUUUCCAUUUUGCAUCUUGUGCUCCUGCUCCAACUUUAUUGAGCUUUAUGGGCUACGAAUUGGCAGUGAACCCCGAUGUACAAGAAAAGGUUAGAGAAGAAAUUCGGGAAACUGAUGAAAUAUGUGGAGGAAAAUUGACCUAUGAAGUAUUGAAUAGAAUGAAAUAUAUAGAUAUGGUAGUUCAAGAAUCUAUGCGAAAAUGGCCUUCCGUCAUCGAGGUCGACAGAAUUUGUUCAAAGGACUAUGUGAUCCAACCCGUUCUACCAGAAGAAAAACCAGUUUUAGUGAAAAGAGGUUCCAGAGUGAUUGUUCCGAUUUACAGUCUUCACCAUGACCCACAGUUCUUCCCAGAACCAGAACGCUUCAUUCCCGAAAGAUUCAGCGAUGAGAAUAAACACAAAAUAAAACCGAAUACUUUCACUCCAUUUGGUUUCGGAUCAAGAACUUGUAUGGGAUCGAAGUAUUCCAUCCUGCAAGCGAAGCUUAUGUACUACCAUAUUCUGUCUCAUUUUGAAAUAGUACCUGUGGAAAAAACGAAAGUGCCUCUGGAGGUCGCCAAAAUUCCUAGAUUGAAUGCUGAAGGGGGAUUGUGGGUAGGACUGAAACGUUUAGACUGUUGACUUGAGUAAAGUUGUAAUUUCUGUGAACCCACUUGUAUUUAUGUAUGUACGAGUAUUUAGCAAAGUAUAAUACGUUCAAUGGAUUCAUUUACGACAAAUCGAUAGUGAGGAAUUACCCAAAUAGUCAUUUUCAAAUAAAAAAGUGAGAAUCAAUGUGAUAAAUUGAAUGUGAACCGUUGUAUUUAUUGUAAACAUGUUUUUUUAGUUUUUCGUCCCAAUACAGUUGUUCAACAAAGCUGCAUUCACAUUUUCUUGGAUAAUAAUAAUAAUAAUAA